AUGAUUCUUGUGAACAAUUCGUCACUAUCAACAACAGCGCCAAUUAUUAAUUCAUAUUUGAAUUCCACUACGGAAACGAGUGAUUCGUCAUCCUCAUCAGGAAUCAUUCUUACGAUUAUUAUUCUCUCUGUUUUAAGUAUCAGCGGAUGGAUAUUUAUGUCUUAUACAUUAUUCGGUCGAUCGGAAGCUUAUCGUACAAAACCUGAAGAUCCAUUUAGUUCGUCAACGCCUACCGAUAGAACGGAUGGUACUGAAUUCUUCAUAAGUUUUGAUUGA